GGAUUUCACCCGCUCACACCAGCGUUUUCAGGGGAUGAUGAGGGCUAUCGUGCGCAAUGCCCGAACGUUGAGAGUGCCGCCUUUCCGGCAUUCCCCUACUAGCACCUUUUGCGCCUUGUCCGGACACGAAGUGUUUAGCCGAAGUGUCAUCCGCCAGUCAUCAUGCCGAGGGGCGAAGACGAAAGCCUCCAUAAAGCUCAAGGACCUCGCUCAGGGUCGCCUGGGAUCACUUGAGCCCCCGUUGACAGCGACGAAUGACUCUCCUCAAUACCCUUCCGUCAUUCAGGGCGCGAAAAAUAAUAUGCUGAAGUUCAAAAACUGUGUUUUGUUGACACGUGUGGGAGGCUUCUAUGAGCUAUAUUUGGAGCAAGCAGAAGAGUUUGCGCCUCUCCUUAACCUGAAACUUGCAUGCAAGAAGACAAGCGGAGGGUCUGUGCCAAUGGCCGGAUUUCCUUUUUACCAACUUGACCGUUUCCUCAAAAUUCUAGUUCAGGAUCUGCAAAAGUACGUCGCAAUAAGUGAGGAAUUUACAAACAACAUAACAGAAAAGGCCAAGUCAGGUGGCUUGAUGUUUGACCGGAAGGUCGCCAGAAUUGUAACCCCUGGGACUCUUAUUGAUGAAAAAUUCAUGGAUCAUUAUGAGAACAACUUUCUUCUUGCUUUAUAUGUCAACACUAGUGAUAUGCAGAAGGAGACAAAAGCUAUGGCAAGACCUUCCCCCGACCAGCUCUUCAGCUCAAGCCAUUCCCACCCUGUUGGCCUGUCAUGGCUGGAUCUGUCGACAGGCGACUUUUUCACUCAGUAUACAACCCGGCUGAUGCUACCAUCGGCGCUCUCCAGGAUUGGCGCCAAAGAGAUAAUACUUGACGAACGACUCAAUGAUUCCCUCAAGCAAGAAAUGCAAAAUUUAGUAGGGCAGGAUCAUCGUCUUCUUACAUGCUUCCGCUCACAAGAUAUUAAACCCAUGUCCGACUGGAGUGAAUGCUUUGAAACUCCAAUUCCACGUGAAUUGGCGGCAACCUUCACUGUGGAAGAAACAGCAGCUUGUCAUAUACUCUUGGAAUAUGUUCAGGUUCAGAUGCAAGGGGUGGGAGUGAAGCUACAGGCACCGCGUCGCAAGCAUCUAGAGGAGACAAUGGCUAUCGAUCGAAACAGCCUUAAAGGGCUCGAAAUACUAGAAACUGCUCGCGAUGGGUUAGGAAAAGGGAGCCUUUUACACGCCGUCCGAAGAACGUCAACCAAGAGUGGCGCUCGGCUCCUCAGAGAUAGGUUAACUUCGCCUUCGGCGUCCUUGCCGGUUAUUAACGAGCGUUUGGAUCUUGUAUCCGAAUUUAUUGAAGACAUCGAGUUGGAAGAAAGUAUUACUAGCCUUUUGAAACGAAGUUAUGACGCUCAAAGGCUCGUGCAAAAAUUUUCGUUAGGGAGGGCAGACGCAGAUGAUAUCUUAUGCUUAUCAAGGGCUAUCGAUGCAUCAAGCCGAAUAAGGUCUGUCAUACUGGAACGGUUGGAAAAUAAUAAGCAGGCGGAAAAAGUGGGUUCCACGCCUCGCAGAACCCUGUACUCAAUGGUCGAGCGGCUUACCAUGCAUGGCCCGGAAGCCCUAUCAAAACGAAUACUACAGACUAUUGACGAGGAGGCUUUGUUACGGAAGCAGCGCAUGGAGGAAGAGGAUGCCGCAGAUGCGGCAGCUCUUGCUCACGAAGUUAUUGCAAACGAGGGCUCACCUGAGGAUCUAGAAUCUAUGCCCAAGAGGGUCAAGUCCCAGAGAACAGGCAAGUCCAAGGAUCUAAGUGAUUCAGAAGCUGAUGAACAAAAUUCUUGGAUUAUGCAGCGUGAUGCAAGUGUCACCUUGCAAAGGCUACACAAGUCUUUAGAGUCACUAUAUGCGGAGAAGGCAUCGUUAACGGAUAGAUUGCGUAAGGACUCAAAAACAGCUAGCUUAUGUCUAAAAUGGACUCCUGGUUUAGGUCACAUCGUGCAUAUGAAAGGCUCAAAGGCCAUGGCACAAUCUCUUGAUGUUCUUGGAGUUCAUCGCACCGUUUCAUCUUCAAAAUCGACGCGCUCAUUCCAUUUGCCGUCUUGGACGAAGCUUGGUGCUCGGAUCGAUGAAAUGAAGCUACAAAUUCGUUCUGAGGAGCAGCGAAUUUUCAAAAGCUUGCGAGAGGAUGUCAUUCGCAACCUAGUCAAAUUGCGCCGGAACGCGGCAGUCUUAGACGAGCUCGACGUGGCAUGCUCGUUCGCUUCAUUAGCUCGAGAACAGCGGCUGACUCGACCAAUUUUGAAUAUGGGGUAUUCCCAUAAAAUUAUUGGGGGACGACACCCUACCGUUAAGCUUGGACUCGAAGAGAAAGGGAGGCCAUUUGUGAACAACGACUGUUUCAUAGGCGGACAGGAGAGGAUAUGGCUCAUUACGGGUCCAAAUAUGGCCGGGAAAAGCACAUUUUUACGGCAAAAUGCAUUGAUAACUAUUCUCGCUCAAGUCGGCUCCUUUGUACCUGCUGAAUAUGCAGAACUUGGGAUGGUUGACCAGAUCUUUAGUCGUAUUGGUGCUGCUGACGACCUCUUUCGUGAUCAGUCCACCUUUAUGGUUGAAAUGCUUGAGACUGCUGCGAUUCUAAAACAUGCUUCGCGACGGUCAUUUGUGAUAAUGGAUGAAGUGGGUCGAGGAACAGCACCCGAAGACGGCAUCGCCAUAGGAUUUGCAUGCCUCCAACAUUUGCAUGAUGUAAGCAAGUGCCGCACGCUGUUCGCAACGCACUUCCAUUCUUUGGCGGAGAUGACUUCUAAUUUUGGAAAUUUGGGCCGCUAUUGCACGAGCAUCGUUGAGGACACGGAUGGAUCAUUUUCAUUCAUCCAUAAGCUGCAACGAGGCGUGAACCGGAACUCCCAUGCUCUCAAGGUUGCCCGCCUUGCCGGUGUGCCGCAGAGUGUUAUAGAUGUAGCGGAGGCAGUAUUGAACGACAUAUCGCUGAUGUCGUCACAACCAGAGGCUAGAGAACGCGAAAGGAGCGCAAUAGUGUCGGUCAAAUCAUGA